AUGUUUGAAGUAGGUAAUCUGCUAAAAUAAAUUAAAAAAUCCUGCGUUUCCGACAUGAGUAGUGAACAAGGCUUGAACGAAUCCAUUCAGCUGUAUACUGAUCAGCUUACCCAAGUGGAACUAGCCUUAGUGGCCGCAAGUGACGGCACUGAACGCGAGUCUUUGCUGAAUUUGAGAAGCGAUCUCCAGGAAUUACUGCAGCUUACUCGUGAAACACUUGAACAUGAAAACGGUGACGAAUCUGAUGGACCAGGUUCUACCAAUGACGUCGACGAUGAGUAUGCACUAUUCAUGUCGGAAAUAGACGGAUUGGAUGCUUCAACGGAACCCCAACAAGCAGAGGUGACUGCGGAGGAAGCAGAUGCAUUCAAAGAUCUUGUCGGCAGCAAAUGCUCGGCUCCUCACAUACACAAGUGGGGAUCGAAGUCGUAUCACAAUGCACUGAUAUGCAGCUUGGAUGCAUCCAAUCUGGAAGAGGUAACGGUGAAGGUGUUAUUCAUCAAUCCAACUCACCAGGAAAUGGUUCCGUGUGUGUACUUCCUCGAAGGAGAUUGCAAAUUCAGCGACGAAAAGUGUCGUUUCUCACAUGGGGAAGUUAUCUCGUUCAAUGAGCUGAAAGAAUACCGGGAGCCACGGUUUGAACUGCUGCGAAAAAAGGGUGGACGAGUUUUGGCAAAGCAGAAAAAUCGUUUGUGGAGUAAGGGAACGAUAAAACAGGCUGAUUUUGAAAAUAAAUUAUGCAAAAUUCAAAUUGACGAAGGAAAACAUGAGCUGGAGAUGCAAUUUGAGGAUGUUUUACCUUUGGAGGGCGAUGAGAUGUCAAGCUCCGAUUCGGAAUCUGACUCGAACAGCGAAGGAAUGGAAGAAGACGUGGUUUCGAUUCGACAGGCACAAAUUAUUCAGCGAAGUUUGUUAAAUCCUGCGCCGAGUCAGCGGUUGGGUGAAUGGGAGAAGCACACCAAGGGUAUUGGAUCAAAGAUUAUGCAAAAAAUGGGCUACGUCGUCGGUGCUGGUCUUGGAAGUAGAGGCGAAGGCAUUGUUGUGCCGGUUAGUGCGCAAGUAUUACCGCAGGGUAAAUCGCUGGACUACUGUAUGCAACUUCGCGAACAGGCCAACGGAGACAGCAACCUAUUCAAUGUCGAGAAGAAACUUCUACGACAGAAAAGAAUUCAGGAGAAACGGGACUUGAAGCAGUACGCCAAGGGGAGGGAGAAGAAAGAUGUGUUUAAUUUCCUGAAUAGCGAAAUUUUGGGUUCCAACGAAGGCACAUCGAAACUUACUGAUAGGAAAUCCAACGAAAAUCAAAAUAAGAUCGAUCUGCCAAACUGUUCGUUGAAAAAUCUAAACAUUGCCAGCCUCAAACUUGCCGAGCAAACUAGGCGGCUUGAAAUGGACAUUGAGAAACUGUCACAUUCUCUGACGCGACAUCAGCCCGGAUCGAAAAUGCAUUCGAACCUAAGAAAGCAGAUUACCGACAAGCAGAAGGAAAUUUCCGAAAUCCAGAAAACGGAACACUCGAUCUCACGGGAACAGCAGCUGAGAAACGAUAAACGAAAGAUGACAGUAUUUUAAGCAGGACGAACCAUUACAGUGUAGUGCAU